AUGCUCGCUUCUCUCGAAUCAGAUGCUCUACAACCCGUCGCGGCCAUGCCGUCUUUCGACAAACUUCCCAACGAACUCGUUCUGCUUCUCGCGGAGCAGAUCAUGAGCGAGCAUGACCUCAACUCGUUAUGCCAAGUGAACUCUCGCUAUUAUAAUCUUAUCAACCCCUAUCUCCGCCGGUUUCACGUUGACGUCAGUCGCAGCGUGGUGGGUCUGAGUUACGCCGUCAUGGACAACUCUUUGACGGCUGUGCGCGCAUGGUUAGCAAUGGAUGGUAUCCACGUCAACGGUGGCUGGGACGAACCGGUGCCUCUGAUACUCGCGAGCAGGCACGAGGAUCUUGAAAUCUUCCGCCUACUUCUCGCCCACCCGCAAAUUGAUCCUAGUUAUAAUCCAGAAGAACAACCCUGCCCUCUAGCAGUCGCGGCCCGCGAUGGCAACGUUGAGGCUGUCCGGAUUCUCCUUUCUCAUGAGCGCAUCAAACCGUCCCUAUGUGACGUUUGGGGCAAGACACCGUUGAUGUGCGCUGCAGGGCGACUACAAAAUUUUGAAGUGGUCAAGUUGCUCCUUGACGAUGGGCGAAGCGACAUCAACGCCACCAAUGAUAAUGGGGUAACCGCGAUGCACAUAGCCGCAGGGGUCGGCGACAGGGAGACCAUAAUGCUCCUCUGGGAGCGCGGAGCUGAUCCCAUGGCCAGGACUGCAGUUGGCGUAACGCCGCUAGGGUACGCAGUGGCCAAGCACCGCGUUGAGGGGGUUUCUGCGUUGCUGGCCAUCCCAGAGGUUAACCCCAACACUGAAAAUCGACACGGAGGCUGCCCGCUCCUCGAUGCGGUUACCAUCGAUCCCAGGGUUCCCAUUCUCAAGAUGCUUCUAGCGGAUGAAAGGAUAGACCCCAACUUUCACACCAGAGGGGGCCUGCCCUUAGUAACUGCCAGCUCAAUGGGCCUGCAUGAUAGCAUGCGACAGCUACUCGCGCACAAGGAUAUCAACGUGAACGCCCUGGGCUGUGGCGAAUUGCCGCUCUGCGAAGCUAUAAAAUCCACAAUAUGGGGUACGACUGAGAUUCUCCUCGCAGAUCACCGAAUCGACCCUUUGGCGGUAGAUGGCAACGGCCAUGUCCAGAGCAUGGAGCUUCAGUGCAGCGCUCCUACCACGAAAGCAAACUGA